AUGGCCCUCGGCUGGCUGCUGCUGCUGGUGGCCGCCGCGCCCCGGGGCGCCGCAGCAGCCAAGGACUGCCUCUUCUGUGAGCUGACCGACUCUGUGAUCUGCCCGGGCCUGCGCAUGCGCUGCGGCGACGACGAGGAGUGCUUCACCGGCCGCGGGGUGACCCCGGGCGGCGGGACCAUCAUCAACAAAGGCUGUAUACAGGCCACCAAGUGUGGCCGCGAGGAGCCCGUCAACUUCAUGGGCGUCACCUACAGCCUGUCCAGCACCUGCUGCUACUCCUACAUGUGCAAUGGGGCCCCCAGCCCCAGGGGCAGCCGGAGGUGGAGCCGCGCGGCCCUCGUGCCCGAGGCCCUGCUGCUGCUCUGGUACUUGCUGUGA